AUGUCACCGGCUGCAAGGACCAAUCUGGGCAUCCUGGCACUGCAAGGCGCUUUUGAGGAGCACGAGGCGAUGUUCAAGCGCCUCCCUGCACAUCUCGUUGAUCGCCUGAACAUUAUCCAGGUACGUAAGAUGGAAGAGCUGGACACUUGCGACGCGCUUGUGAUCCCUGGUGGUGAGUCCACUACCAUGAAGAUCAUUGCAGGCACAGAUGAGUUCAUGACGCACCUGAGAGCGUACGUGCGGGGAGGUGCAGGGGCAGACGGUGUGGAGCGGCGACCCCAUCCGGUGUGGGGCACUUGUGCGGGCUGCAUCUUGCUCUCCGAGGACGUGGUCAAUUCCAUCAACCAAGGAGAUGGCACGCAGUUCCAGCCUGCCAAGCGCUGCAAAUACGGAGACCCAAUCGGUGGCCUGGAUGUGGCGACCUGCCGCAAUUUCUUCGGGCGCCAGGCUGAGUCAUUCGAAGCCGCCAUUGAAGCUGCGGCGCCCAGCGAGCAAGAGGCCUUCGAUGGCUUCCCGGCAGUCUUCAUCCGCGCCCCUGCCAUCCUUCGUACUGGUGACGGUGUCCGCGAGUUGGCGAGGGUGGUGCAUCCCACUGCCACAGGAGAAAAAAAAGGUGUCACUGUGGCAGCGGAAUCUGAGCUCUCCUUCACCUUCGAUGAUGAUGCCCGGGAGCCUGGUCCUGAGAGAUGA